AUGCCCACCAACACAGCUUCAGGUGCAAGCUGCACAAUCAGCCUCGUUUCAACGAAAACAGAAGACGGAUCAGAAACGACGACAACCGAGGAGAUAACUUGCCAGGAGUAUCGCCACGGAUCCAGCCUAGAUCCGAUCACCCAUGUCUUCAAAGAAGUCGUGACGAUCGAAUCACCUAACUCUGGCAAAUUCAAAAUCCAUCUCGACAUCAAACCGACUGCCUGCUGUGUACUGGAAAAGAGUGCUGUCAACCUAUGCGGACGGACAAAAGCUCAGAAAUCACUCCAACCACACGACUAUGUGGCCAGAUGUGGCCCUUGUCGACUUGGAUGGAAUCCCCUCAGCACAAAAUCAAGCGAUCUCAGGCUCAGGGCUACCCGGCCUUAUCAAUUCGCGCCGAUUAAGCUUGUCGACCCUGAUGAGCAACAAGAGCUUUGCCAGGACGAAAAUAUCAUUAAAUCUUUAGGCACUAUCGAGCUCAGGAUCUACAGAUGUAAACUUCUUGCCACCUUACGUCAAGAGAAUACUUCCGCCUUCAAAACAACAAAUGAAAUGAGCUUCUCAGAGUCUAGCAAGAAUGCCCGUCUCACCAGUACCGCCGGCCUGGGCAAACCUGCAAUCAAAGAACGCAAGCAUAAGACACAGCAGAUCUUUCUCCCUUUUCGCCGCCACUUGCUUUCCGCUCCUAAUUAUGUGCAUUCAGUUUGUAUUCCAGUACAAGCCACGAUUGAUUUCGUUGGCGAAGGGAUCAUUCCAAAUCCUGUCAUGCCUGCUGAACCUUCAGUGAUAGACUUCCGUGCAACAUCAAUUGCACAACCCAAACCAACUCCGAAAGUUGCCACAAUCAAUUCGGACUCUGAAGCCGAAAAUAAGGACAGAGGCACACAGACGCAAAUAAAAACGGAAGAUAGCAACAACUAUGCAAGUGGAUCUGGAUCUGGAUGUCAGUGUAAUUGCAAGAACAAGCGACCAGCUGAGGAUGAUGGUCAGGUCGCCGAGGGUUUCGAUCAAAAACGAGCAUGCACUUCCAAUCCUGAUCAAAAACCUGAUGUCAACCAACGUACCCAACCAUCAAAGCCAAUUUUUAUCGACCUGACUUUAUAA